UUCAAAAAAUCGAUUUUUUUUUUUUUGCAUUUUCUUAAAGUAUAAUAUUUUAAAAAUAUUGUGUGAAAAUUUGAAGUGAAUCCGACAAAUUCUUUUCGAGUUAUUUAACAAUGACCAAAGGACGCUCGGGUGCUACGUGGCAUUCGAGAGCAGGUAGCUAGAAACAGCUGCAAGCAACCGACUUUUCGGGUUUCAUUGUCAUGAAUAUCUCCCCAUUUUAAUGUAUUUAUAAUUAUAUAUAUAUAUAUAUAUAUAUAUAUAUAUAUAUCCUUCUACAUAUAUUCACAAUUUGUAGGUAGUACAAGAACUGAAAAAUAAUUUUUGGUUGCCAGUAUACCUGUAGUCGUUGCACUGAUCAGUCGAUAGUUUUGUGAUAAAUUAUUUCUCAAGUGAAUUAAAUUAUUAACCAUGGGACGUGAUUCUAGAAAGGUUUCAAGAGAACUUCGGAGUUCUGAAAAAAUUAAUAAGUCGCGUUCAGUCAAAAGAAAGAAUGUUUUUAAUCCGAAAACAGCCGAACGUGAUGAAAGUAUUCAGAGUACAUCUUCUAAAAAAUUAAAACAAAACACUGAAGAUGAUGUACCUGAAGACAGCAGUACUGAAUUUCGAAUAAUAAAUUUUAUUCAGGUAUUCACUGCAAUUUCUGCUCUUAUAAAAUGUAAAAAAUGUGAUGGAAAUGUAGUGUUUCAAACAGCAAGUACACGUGGGCUGGGAUUCAAAAUUGUAGUUGCAUGUAAUAACUGUGGAAAUGAAUAUAUUCCUUCCUGUUCUUUCGUUGGGCAUUCUUAUGAAAUAAACAGACGUUUCAUUUUUGUAAUGAGAAUACUAGGAAUAGGAUACGAAGGAUUGUGCAAGUUUUGCGGCCUGAUGGACAUGCCGUCUUUUUUAGAUAAAUCUACGCAUACAAUUUUACUGAAACAGAUUUUGAAUUGUAGUAAAGCCGUCGCAGAAACCUUCAUGACGAAAGCUGUGAAUGAAGAAAAGCAAGCAAUGCCAACAACUGAAAAUGAAGAUAUAAAUCAUCUAACUGUAUCGGGAGAUGGAACCUGGCAAAAACGGGGAUAUACAUCGUCAUUUGGAGUUUCUUCUAUAAUUGGCUAUUUUACUGGAAAGAUUCUUGACAUAAACAUUAAAAGUGCAUAUUGUAAGCUAUGUGAGUAUUGGAAAAAAAAAACAAAUACUGUUGAGUUCGAGGAAUGGUAUCAAUCGCAUGAAGAUGUGUGUUCUGCUAAUCAUCAAGGGUCUUCUGGGAAAAUGGAGGUGGAUGCGAUGGUCGAAAUGUUUUCGUAUUCUGAAACUAAAUAUGGAGUUAAGUAUGCCAACUAUAUUGGUGAUGGUGACUCCAAGACCUAUUCAGGAAUUAUAAAAUCAGAUCCUUACGAAAAUACAACUGUAAAUAAAAAGGAAUGUAUAGGGCAUGUCCAAAAGCGGAUGGGGAGUCGAUUACGUACGCUGAAGAGUAAACAAAAAGGUCUUGGUGGUCGAGGUAAGCUCACAGGAAAAUUAAUAGACAAACUAACUGUGUACUAUGGUUUAGCAAUACGCCGGCAUUGUGAUUCUAUUGAAAAUAUGAAAUCUGCUAUAAUGGCAACCUUUUAUCACUACGGCUCGAGUGAUGAAAAACCGAAUCAUGAUAUGUGUCCAAAAGGCGAAGAAUCUUGGUGCUCUUACCAGCGCGCUGAAGCAAGAGGAGAGCUUGAUACCUUUUCUCACGAUUAUUCUCCUUUACCUUCUGAUGUUUUAAAAGCUAUCAAGCCUAUAUACGAAGAUCUUAGUAAUGAAAAUUUACUUUCAAGAUGUGUAGGUGGAUUCAAUCAGAAUAAUAAUGAAAGCUUUAACCAACUAGUAUGGAAAAUAUGCCCAAAAACGGUAAAUACUAGUUUUACUAUCGUACAAAUAGCUGCAUACGUUGCUAUGUGUAUAUUUAAUGAGGGUAUAAAUUCAUUAUUAGUCUUGAUGAAUACACUAGGACUUAAUUGUGGGCCUAAUUCUCAUCGGUAUGCAGAAAGAAUGGAUGCUGCACGUAUCAAAGUAGCAGAUAAGCGCGCUAAUGAUAACACCCGAGAAGGUCGAUUGCAACGUAGGCACCAGCAAAUCGAUAUUUUGGAAGCUGCUAUGUCGGCUGAAGAGCUAUUAUAUGGUCCAGGAAUAGAUGACUCAGUAUGAAUCUCCAAGGACUUAUGAUGAUCACCGCAAAGGACUUCGGGAGGAACGGGCUCUACAAAAACAGCGAUAACUUUUUGAAUUAUUAAUUUUUUUUUUUGAAAUUUUCGUGAAGUCAAAUCGAAACGUGUUCUAAUAAAGCUAUGUUUUUAUUUUUGUCAAAUAAAGUAAUUAACUACAAAAAAAAAAUUAUU